AUGGAAGAUAAUUUAAGUAAUGUUUUUAAAAAAGAUGAAAUACCUGCAAAAUCCAUUGAAGGAUGGAUAAUCAUAAUAACGAAUAUUCACGGUGAAGCAAGAGAUGAUUAUAUAAGAGAAGUUUUUGAAAAAUUUGGGCAGAUAAAAAACUUACAUUUAAAUUUAGAUAGACGAACAGGUUUUUUAAAGGGAUAUGCAUUUCUUGAAUACGAAAAUUUUGUUGAUGCUAAAAGGGCAAUUGAUGAAAUGGACGGUUCAAUUCUGUUAAAUCAGGAAAUUCAUGUAGACUGGGCAUUUGUACAAGAAAAAAGUAAAAAUUAA